UUAUUUGGUCAGGAGCUUGAGUGUAACACUUCCCUUCAAGGCUUCUGUUCGAUAGCGAAUAUAGUCCCCGAAGUUGUCGAGACUUCCCCGGCCAAAAAGUUCAAGUUCUGAGGUUAGAGAGAGAGGCGGAGGAUUUGCACAAGGGUCGUCUCUAAGUUCUACUACUACUAUCCUCGUGAAAUUACUCAAAGGAAUAACUGCCUGCCACGGUUCAGCAUGAGCUGGAAACCCUCAGCCAAAGGCUCUGCGGCUCCGCCGAAGCCCAGUUCAAUCAGGUCCGGUUCAAAGGGCAAAAUGAAUACUAAUGAGGAUGGGGCGGCCGCAAGGGCUGGCGAUGAGUACGAGUAUGAACAGAAGCGUGAUCCCGACGCCGAGGAAGACGAAGAGAUGGCGCUGAAGGAGAAAGAUCUCGCUGACGACGCUCCAUGGAAGAAAAUCCAGAAAAACACCUUCACCCGAUGGUGUAACGAGCACCUGAAAUGUGUCAACAAGCACAUCGCCGAUUUAGAUCUCGAUUUGAGCGAUGGGAUUCGGCUAAUUGCGCUGCUGCAGGUGCUUUCCCAGAAGAAGGUGCCCAAGCACAACCCCAAGCCGACGUUCCGGUCGCAAAAACUGGAGAAUGUAUCCGUGGCGAUGAAAUUCAUCGAAGACCAGAACAUCAAGAUCGUGAACAUAGACAGCACAGAUAUCGUAGAUGGCAAGCGCAAGCUGAUCCUGGGCAUGAUAUGGCUGCUCAUCCUGCACUACUCCAUCUCCAUGCCCAUGUGGGAGGAUGAGGGGGAGCUUGACGAAGACGCCCACAAGCACAGGCAGCCGACGCCCAAGGAGAAGCUCCUGGGCUGGAUCCAGAACAAGGUCCCCGACGUACCCAUCAAGAACUUCACUAGGGACUGGAAUAAUGGCCGGGCAAUCGGCGCCCUCGUGGAUGCCUGCGCACCAGGACUUUGCCCUGACUGGGAAGACUGGGAUCCCAAAGACAACUUGAAGAAUGCCAAGGAGGCCAUGAAGCUGGCUCAGGAUUGGCUGGAUGUGCCACAGGUAUUGGACCCUAAGGACAUGUGCAACCCCAAAGUGGACGACCUCAGCGUCAUGACAUACCUGGCUGAGUUCCCUAAAUGCAAGCUGAAGCCAGGCGCGCCACUCCGACCACGCUCUAAUGCCAAGAAGGUGCGUGCCUACGGUCCAGGACUGGAAAGGGGCAACGUCAUCUCGCUCCCCACGAGCUUCACUGUGGAGACGUUCUCCGCCGGAAGCGGCAAAGUUGAGGUGGUCAUCAAGGGCCCAGGCGGCAAACUGGUUCCCAACGAGUGCAAAUACAACAGCGACAAGAACAAGACCUAUACAGUGACAUACACCGCCAAAAUCGCUGGUGUCCAUACGAUCGAGGUCACCUUCAAAGGCCAACAGAUCCAGAAGAGCCCCUUCUCCGUGGAGAUCGGCGACAUGAAGGGCGAUGCUUCCAAAUGUUCUGCCAAGGGACCGGGCUUGGAAGCAACUGGACUGAUAGUCAACCAAUCCACCCACUUUGAAAUCUUCACAGCAGGUGCUGGAGCUGGUGUUCCCAUGGUCACAGUGAUUGACCCCAACAGUGACACGACGACCUCCAGUGUCAAGGUCACCGACAAGGGCAAGAAUGUGUUCUACUGCGAGUACGUACCCACCGUGGUUGGAAACUACACCAUCGAGAUCAAGUUUGCCGGCAAAGAUAUCCCCAAGAGCCCCUACAAAGUCAAGAUUUCCUUCCCAUUCAACGCCCAGAAGGCCUUUGCCUACGGGCGCGGCAUCCAGAACAAGGGUCUGCGAGUCCGGGAGGAAUGCAUCUUCUUUGUCAACGCCAAGGAGGCGGGCGAGGCUCCGCUGAAAGUUCAGAUAAUUGGUCCUGGUGGAAUCGACGAGCCAUGCCAAGUCAAAGACGAUGGUGACGGCAUCUUCACUUGCUCCUACAAGCCCUACAAACCCGGCCGCUACAUCAUCCAAGCCAUGUACGGCAAGAAGGAGAUCAACAAGGCCCCCUUCACCGUCAACAUCUCCCCCGAGGCCACGGGACAGCUGGCCCUGGUGCGCGCCUUCGGGCCAGGACUCGAGGGCGGCGUUGUGGGCAAGCCGUGCAAUUUCACCGUGGAGACCAACGGCGCCGUUGGUGCUUUAGGUUUCUCCAUUGAGGGCCCAUCUGAAGCUAAGAUCAACUGCAAGGAUAACGGCGACGGCUCCUGUGAGGUGUCCUAUUACCCCACCAUGAUAGGCGAAUACGCCAUCCACAUCACGUGUGAUGAGGAAGACAUCGUGCUCAGCCCAUACAUCGCCCAGAUCAUACCAGACAAGGGUAACUUUGAUGCCUCCAAGGUGAAGGCCUACGGACCCGGCUUGGUCAAGGAUGGCCUGGAACUCAACAAGCGCACCGAGUUCACCAUCGAUGCCAAGGCCCCAGGCUGUGGCCAGGCCCCCGUGGGUGUACUCAUCCACGACCAGCAGGGCAACAAGAUCAAACCGGACAUCAAGGAUAACAAGAACGGGACGUUCACGGUGUCGUACACCCCCACCCGACCCCUGAAGCACAACGUCGCUGUUACCUGGGGAGAAGUCAGCAUACCCGAGAGUCCAUUUAAGAUCAACAUCGGCGGCGGGCUGAGCAAGGUCAAAGUGUACGGUCCCGGAGUGGAGCCCAACAAGGUCAAGUCCAGCCAGCCCACCCAGUUCACUGUGGACUGCCAAGAGGCUGGCAAAGCCCCUGUUGCUGUCAGUGUCAAGUCAGUCCCGGGUGUCAACGGUCCUAAGGAGAAGGAGAUUCCAUGCAAGGUCCAGGACAACGGCAACAACACCUUCACUGUCAACUACGCACCUGAGGCCCCAGGCGACUACAACGUCGGGGUCAAGUUUGGUGGCAAGGACAUCCCUCAGAGCCCAAUCCCUGUCAAGGUCAUCCCCAACAUAGAUGUCAGUAAGAUCAAGGUCAAGAACCUGGAGCCAAAUGUUGUACUAGGGAAACCGUACACUAUAGAGGUGGAUGUGAGUGAAGCAGGUAUCACCGAGCUCGCUGUCAAGCUGAAGAAACCCUCUGGGGAGGAGCUUGAAGCUCUGGUCACACCAGUCAAUGAGACUUGUACCCAGGUGACCUUCACGCCCGAGGAGGAAGGUCCUCACGAGCUGACGAUGACUUACGGCGGGUUUGAUGUCGGACAAGAGGCGGUUAUUGUGAUCAACGUUGUGGUCAAGACAGAUCCAUCUCAAUGCUCUGCGUCCGGUCCAGGCUUGUCACGCGGUCACGUUAAUAAACCUGCAGAGUUCAUGAUUGAUGUCUCGAAUGCCGGUCAUGGUGGUUUGAGCGUCACCGUGGAGGGUCCUAGGGAGACGGAGAUUGAGUGCAGCGACAACGGCGAUGGCACGUGCUCCGUCUUCUACGUCCCUGCCAAAAUCGGCAGCUACACUGUCAACGUCUUGUUUGCCGACCAGCACAUCCCAGGCUCCCCGUUCAACGUCCUGGUCAUCGAUUCCACCGAGGUGGAUUCCUGGGGCCCCGGUUUGGUCAAGGGGUACGCCGACAUGGCCUGUCUGUUUUCAGUUGACUGCAGCACGGCCGGUAAAGCUCCAGAGGAAGAGGGGAAGCUGCCUGUGGAAUGCUCGGCCAUCGGUCCCGACGGCGAAGACUUGGAUACCAAGGUAGAGCGCGACCCGCUGAACGAAGAUCUCUACCAUCUGACCUACUAUCCCCUACAGGAAGGCCGCCACACCUUGCAUGUCACCUACGGUCGCUACUCCAUCCCAAAUUUCUCCCGUAGGGCCGAUAUCGGAAAGCCCAUCGACCUGAGCGGGGUCACGCUGAAGGGAACCGGCAUUGAUGAUGACAAGGUUGUGUUCUGUGACUGUGCCGCUGAGUUCCAGGUGGAUGCCAAGCCGGUCAACCAGCCGUUGGAUAAGGACCUCCUGAAGCCGGACAUCACUGCCCCUUCUGGCGAGAAGGUGAAACCCGUCAUCAAGGACAACAAGGACAACACCUACGAUGUCAGCUACACCCCAACAGAAAAGGGUGAUCACGUAGUCGAUGUCAGCUUUGCGGGUCAGCCCCUGGGCCAGUCCCCCUACCAUGUCGGCGCCAUGCCCGGCCACGACGCCUCGCGCUGCAAGGCCUACGGCCCCGGCCUCGAGAACGCCGUCACCAACAAACCAGCCGUCUUCACCGUGGAGACCAAAGGCGCCGGCAAGGGCGGUCUGGGCCUGGCCAUUGAGGGACCCUCGGAGGCUGCCAUGGAGUGCACCGAUAACAAAGAUGGAAGCUGCACUGUGCAGUACCUGCCCACCGUGCCUGGGGACUACGAGGUUCACAUCACCUUCGCUGAUGAUCCUAUCCCAGGCAGCCCGUUCAGACCAGUAGUAACUGAUCACAUUGAUGCCAGCAAAGUCACAGCCACCGGACCCGGAUUGGACAAGAAUGGAGUCCGUGCCAACACCCCAACAGGCUUCAAGGUUGACGCUACCAAGGCUGGUGGCAAGGCUCCCCUGGAUGUCACCAUCAUGCCUGAGAGAGCUCCAAUAGAGAAGGCCAAAGUGGUGGACAACAAAGAUGGCACCUACGACGUCACCUACGUGCCCAAAGCUGAAGGCAAAAUGCAAGUGGACAUUGAGUAUGGAGGCAGGCAGAUCCCACAGAGCCCCAUUCACUCCAAAGUUCUUCCCCAGUACGAUGCUAGCAAAGUUAAGGUCAAGGGUCCUGGAGUGGAGAAAGGUGUACUGGCCAGCUUGCCUGUUGAGUUCACCGUAGACACCAAAGAUGCUGGCGACGCUGACCUGGAAAUCACCAUCACUGAUAGCUCUGGCAAGCCCAUUACCCCAGAGGUCAUCGACAACAACGAUGGUACCUUCAAGAUCAUCUACACCCCCAAGGACGUCGACCGUUACACCAUCAAGGUCAAAUACGGUGGGGAACCGGUGCCCAAGUCCCCCUGGACGGUGGCCACCAACCCCACCGGAGACGCCAGCAAGUGCGAUAUCAUUGGCGUCAAAAGCGGCGAUUACGACAUCCCGGUCCGGCGGCGUAGCGUUAGCUCUGAGAGCACCACCACCACGCGAACCACGACCACCCGCACCACGACAACAAGAGAAACAAUCACCAAGACGGUGGUUGUCGAGGAGGAGACAGUCAUCAAGGUCAACUCGCGGGAUGCUGGGAAGGGUCAUGUGACCUGCACAAUCGUGGGGCCAGACGGCCAAGAGGUGCCGGACUGCCACGUUGUCGAUAACGGCGACGGAACCUUUGACAUCAUCUGGACUUGCCCCGCCCCCGGCACCUACAACGUGGACAUCAAGUUUGGAGGGGUGUCGCUGACUGGCGGACCCAUUACCAUCAGUGCUGCGGAAGGACCACCUGAAGACCUUAUCGACGCGGAGACCGUCAUGCCAUCUGAGUGUCGUCCCUUGGAGCUGCAGCUGCCUGUGCUGGGAGCUGGCUACGGUAACAUCAAUGCAGGUGAUCCAUCAAGCAGCAAUGGCACGUUUAAGAAGAGGGUGCGGACAGUCAUGUGUGUCAAUGUGAUGGCUGUGACGAGGACAAUGGGAGUAGACUGUAGCGCACGUGACUUUGAAGUCACAAGCGAGGAUGCAGCCCUCGAUGAAGAGCCAACUGUUGAUAUCGAUGAUGUUAUCGAGGAGCAAGGGGUGCAACCAGACUUUAGCGCACGUGACUUUGAUGUCACAAGCGAGGAGGGAGACCUGUACCGUGAUGAAAAGCCAACGGUUGAUUUCAUCGAUGUCGUUGAUAUCGAUGAUGUUUUCAAGGAACAACCAGAAAUGUCCAAAAUGGCAAAGCGUAGAAGUGUUGGAGGCUUGUUAAAAAGUUUAGUGAAGAAACCACGACGAUCUGAUUCAGAAGGGAAAAUUGUGUACAAGAUGGACAGGAGUUGGGCAGAUGCUGAAGACCCAUUUGAUUUGGAUGGAGUUAUAGACCACGGGGAGAUUGCUGAACCAGACCUAGUGGAAGGCACAGGGUUGGUGCACAUAGUGACCAUGAGGUCACCAAAACGGACGAGUUCUGUGAGCGGCAAACUCAAAGAUGCCAUCAAGAAACGCAGAUCCAAGUCAUACGGGUCAUCCUCGGAUUUUGUUGAACCAGAUAGUGAGGAGCCCAAUUCAGCGGAUAAAAGAGAAGAUCCCAAGUCAGUCAAAAGACAAAGUCUGAGGAAGAUUCUGAGUAAAGUUUCCUUAAAGAGAGGAUCCAGGUCCCCAAGAGGAAGUUUUGAAGCUGAGAUCAACCAAUCAGAGGGAGACAAUGAUAAUGUUUUUAUGGAUAUUCCCUACGGAUUUGAUGAGUUGGAUUUUUUCGACAAAGACAAAGGCAGGCCCUUGGAGAAUGGCGCUCCCGUGCAGAACGGAGAACCGGUGGUGGAAGAAAUUGUGGGAAGAGAGGAGAUUCAACCGGUGGAAUCGGGAGUUAAUUUCGGAGCUUUCAUGGAUGUCCCUGAAGGUUGGGAACCGCAGAGAGAACAGCAGGGAGAACCAAUCGACGAAGGGAUCACCCAAGACAAAGUAGAUGAAGUAGAGUCAGGACCUCCGAGUUCCCCAGGUUCAGGGUUGAAAAGUUUUUUGAAAAAGCCAUUUACCUGGUUGGGCGACCGGUUCGCAGACAAGCCAGGAGAAGAGAACGGGGUUUCCCCACUGGGGACCCCCAAUGAUCGGAACUUCAAAGUGGAGGUUCCGGAAGAUUUUGACCGUAGCGGAGACCUCAAUGGUGAGGUCAAGAGACCCUCGGGUAAGAAGGACGUACCCACCAUCACUGAGAACAAAGACGGACACAUCACAGUCAAGUAUGCGCCACAGGAGACUGGCAAACAUGAACUGACCAUCAAGUAUGGAACAAACCAUGUACCAGGAAGUCCAUUUGAGUUCCAUGUUGAUGAGCUGAAGAGUGGUCAGGCCACGGCCUACGGUACCGGUCUGACCCAUGGAAUCUGCGGGGAAUCAGCUGUCUUUACCGUCAACACUAAGGAUGCGGGACCAGGUGGUCUUGCGCUAGCCGUGGAGGGCCCAUCCAAGGCUGAAAUCAAGUGUGUGGACAACAAAGACGGCACAUGCAAUGUCACCUACUUCCCGCAGAAGAUCGGCCAGUACGAGGUCACGGUCAAAUUCGCUGACAAGCACGUGGCAGGCAGUCCAUUCAAAGCCAACAUUGUCGACAAGGCUGGCAGCAUGAUGUCCAUUGGUGCAGCAAGCGACGUUCCUCUCAAGAUCACAGAGACGGAUCUGUCCCAGCUCAAGGCUACCAUCACCCCACCCAGUGGCGUGGAAGAACCCUGCGCCCUCAAACGUCUUCCCAAUGGAAACAUAGGAAUUACCUUCACUCCCAAAGAGGUCGGUGAGCAUCUGGUGAACGUCAAAAAGUUCAACCGGCCCAUCGCCGGCAGCCCCUUCAAGAUUAUCGUGGGCUCCCAGGAGGUCGGCGAUGCCUCAAAGGUCAAGGUUAAAGGUCGUGGAAUCUCAGAUGCCGACGCUGGUCAGAUGGCCGAGUUUGUUGUGGAUACGAGGGAUGCAGGUUACGGCGGUCUGGGCGUGUCCAUCGAAGGCCCCAGCAAGACCGAGAUCAACUGCUCAGACCUGGGCGAUGGGACCUGCGCGGUGACCUACCGGCCAGCCGAGCCGGGCAACUACAAGCUCAACGUCCGCUUCGCUGAGCAGGAUGUCCCGGGAAGCCCUUUCAAUGUGAAGGUGUACCCAGAGGACGGGUCGGCCAUGGAGCCCCUGAUAGGGGAGACCAUGGUCAAACCAACCCACGCUGCGCCCGUGCAGCACAAAGGCAGCGAGUGCGAACUGGGCCUGAAGAUCCCAGGAACCGACCCUCUGGACAUGACAGCACAGGUGACCAACCCCCGGGGCCAGACCGAGGAUGCGGAGAUAGUGGACGGUCCGGACUGCCGCUACGUUGUGCGGUUUGUUCCCAGCAUGGAUGGGGUGCAUACCGUCAGCGUCAAAAACAGAGGCAUCCACGUGCCAGGAAGUCCCUUCCAGUUCACCGUAGGCCCCUUCGGUGAGGGUGGAGCCCACAAAGUACAUGCAGGAGGGCCAGGCCUGGAACGUGGAGAGAUCAAUGUACCCGCUGAGUUUACUGUCUGGACGCGUGAAGCUGGGCCGGGCAAGCUGAGCAUCUCAGUCAAGGGACCGGCCAAGGCCAAGAUUGACAUCCAGGACAACAAAGAUGGCUCCUACCAAGUCACUUAUGUCCCCACAGCACCAGGGGAGUAUGUGGUUGACAUCAUGUACAAUGACAAGCCCAUCCCUGACAGUCCAUUCAAGCCCAUGAUCACCCCAGCUCUCGGUGAAGCUAGACGUCUCAGCGUGUCUGCUCUCCAUGAAAGCGGACUGAAGGCCAACCAGCCGGUGUCCUUCGCCGUGCAGCUCAACGGAGCCAAGGGGGAUCUGGAAGCCAAGGCUGUAGCGCCCUCUGGUGCUGAAGAUGAGUGCAACAUCACGGAGAUUGACAACGAGAACUACGCAGUCCGCUUCCUCCCACGUGAGAACGGCAUCCACCUGAUCCACGUCUUCUUCAAGAAGCAGCCCAUCCCAGGCAGUCCCUUCAAGGUGCGCGUGGGUGGCCAUGAGCUCAUUGGAGAUCCUGGCAUGGUCCAUGCCUACGGCGACGGACUGGAGAAGGGAAAAACAGGUGAGCCCGCUGAAUUCAUCGUCAACACCUGCGGCGCAGGAGCAGGAUCCCUCUCCAUCACUAUCGAUGCACCUUCAAAGGUCAAGCUGGAUGUCCAAGAGAUCGGCGAGGGCUACAAGUGUAUCUACUACCCCACCCAGCCUGGUGACCACCUCAUCUCCAUCAAAUAUGCCGGCCCGCAUCACAUCGGCGGCAGCCCAUUCAAGGCCAGAAUCAUUGGCAAGGCAAAGGGCCCCACCAGCAUGAAAGUGGAACAGGCCAACGUCACCGUGGAGACUGUUGUCAAGACAACGCAGACAUCUUCAAUGCCGAUCUUCUCCUCCGAUGCCAGCAAGGUGACGUCGACGGGCGUGGGUCUCAAGAAGGCCUUCAUCAACAAGAAGUGCCAGUUUUCCGUCAACUGUAGUGAAGGAGGUCAAAACAUGCUACUUGUAGGCAUCGCCGGACCCAAGACCCCCUGCGAAGAAAUAGUCGUCAAGCACAUGGGCAGACAACGCUUCACCAUCACGUAUCUCCUGAAAGAGACCGGUAGCUACAAACUAGUCGUCAAAUGGGGCGACGAGCACAUACCUGGUAGUCCGUUCUCUCUCCACUGUUCGUAGUUUCAGCAUGAUCUAGCCAUAGUCAUUUAAAAAAAAAAAAAAAAACCAGCAGUCAGGGAUCCCUAUAGAAUUACAUGCAUUCAUGAGCCGUAAAGAAGGGGCUGAGGCUUUCCUGGUUCAUUAUAUUUCGCUUGGAGCCAAUCCGUCGUAAAAAUGUACAGUAGAUAAGCGUGGUUACCGGUGAUAGCCUUAAGCCAUGUAAGGCCUAGGUUUUUCAACUGGUACUUGGCAUGUCAACCAAAACUUGGUUCUCCUCAAGUAAUUCCUUGGUAACGAACUACGCUUAUGUGGGAUGUAAGCAAAGCCGAACUAUGGCAAGUGCAGUGUAAAAUAGGGUCCUUUGUUAAAAUAGAUUUUAAAAAAAAAGAGGUUAAACAAUAAGUAUUUGAUAUAGUCUUCCAAAGGGUUGAUGGAGUACGGGAAAAAAUAUAAUGUAGAAAUGUAUAGCUGGGAGGUUUUGGAUGUUUAACCGGUAGUUUAGAUGUUGUUAUUCUAACGUAAAAAAAAAAAAAUAAAAAAAAAAGACGUAUCUUUGGCCUGAUGUUAUAUGCAAAAAAAAAAGUGACUAAAUGAAUAAAAAUUAAGGAUAUGCAAUUUAAAAUGAUUUCGAAGUAUUGUUUAGUCGUCAUCUACGUUGUAACCAAUAGUUUCAUUUGCAUAACUUUGACUGCCAGAAUAUUGUAACCAUCGACUUUGCAACACUAGACAUUUAUAUGGAAAAAAUAUUCAAAGUUUUAAAUUACUCUCAGAUAUUGGGGGUUUUUUUAUUUAGAAAAAAAAUAUUUAGUUUUUCCUUUUUUCCCUGUUUAUUUUGGGUUUUUUUUCCCCUUGUUUCGAUUAUAAAAAUGCAUUAAUGGUGGUGGGUUUGACCAACAUGUGAGCAAGUUAUUGAAAAAAAAAAAAGAUAUUGUUCGGAAGAAAAUUAUAAAAUUUACUUGAGUUGAUAAAAAACGAAAAACUAGGAACAGAUGUAGUUCAAAACAGAAAGGGAUUUUUUUUUAUAUAUCUGUUCACGGAAGGUUGUAAACUAGAUUCGAAUUCAGAAUAUUCAAAAAUGCUCAGUCGCUAGCAAAUUAAUGGCCAUUAAUAUUCAAAAAUAAGCCGAGAGUGCCUCCAGUGAAGUCGGACAGAAAGUUCUGGAAAAAAAUAUUAUUAUUUUUUCACAAGAAGUAACAUCGACUAAAACUUUUGCAGCGAUCUUUUUUUUCCUUUCAGCUCUUUACUAUAUAAAUUGUAUUUUUUCCUAAUAUUGAAGUUUAAAAGUAUGAAAAAGUAGCAUUUGACAGAAAACAGUGUAUCUAUGGCUGAUGUGGUGUGGUUAGUAGCCCUAGUUGUACUUUAAUUUUAUUAUAUUACUCUAGAAAAGGGUUAUUUGGUUUUUACCAAAUAAGGUAAAUUUUGAUAAGCAUGUUAGUUUUAACCGACAAAGGUAGUUACAAGCUUGCAAUGUUAUUGUAAAAAUAAAAAAUUAAAAGGUCUGCACUAACAAAAAGUACUGAAAGCAAGUUAUAUUAAGGUUUAUAGAAAUAUAAUUGUAACCUUUUUUUGUUUUUAAAAAUAUUUUGAAGUAGGCUGGCAUUCUGGUAUAGGCUGCCGUAGUAGUAGUAUUUUUGGUAUUCCAGAAUUUCUUCAUUUAUUAAAAGUGGUUAUAGAAACCAUAUCUGGAGGUUUUUUUUGUUUUAACAGUCACACGACUGUCUAAAUUAAAGUAUAACUAGUAGUGGAGAUGUAUUUACUUAGAAAAACGUAUAUUAGCAAGCUAUUAUUAAAAUCAAAAAAGGUAAAGCAAAACUUUUUUCAAGCUAUUAAUGAAAGACAAUAAUUAUUUGCCUAAUCAUGUACCUUUGAUUUAAAAAAAAAAUAUUGAAUUCUACUAACCCAUUAAUUUGGGACAAAGAGUGGAUCCGAAUUGUGGCUAUAUUAUCAUUUUUCGCUGCUUGCCACUGAGCGUUAGUCCUUAUAUUGUAGCUCGUUAUAUCGAACCGUUAUAUCUAACGUGAAUAAUAUGUGCGUAAAAGACUAAAGUUUGAAGGAAAAACAAGCCUAAAAUAUUUAGAAGCGAAAAAAAUAUAUUUUGUUCUUUUUUUAAGUAGCUGUAGCUAUAUUUUGGUCUUAAGUGUGGAUAAAUUCUGCUCAUCAUGUUUGAUAAUUUGUCUGUUUACUAUGGCAACUGUUACCCUUUUUUAUAGAGUUCGCGUUACUUUUCUUUUGAGCUAAUUCUCUUUAUGGUAACAUUUUGAUGUAAAGUGGUAUAAUUAUAUAAGAAUAAUAAUAGAAUACGCAAAGCACAUAGAAGAAAAGGUGCUCCCACAAUGCACAUAGCGUAAUUGUAUUUGCAAGUGUUAUUGACACAUUUUGAUAUAGUCUAGUUAUUGUUACCUACUCACCUUAUUUCAAAUUGAGGUAAGAAUUUCACAGCUGCUGGGGGUUUAUACCAUAUACUUUUUUGUUUUUGUUUACAAAGGGACACGUCGGUUCACUAACGCCUAUACAGCCUAAUAAACCUUCAUUUUGCACAAAAGUUGACAUCA